AUGGGGGUUUCUAUAUGUGACAACCUGUAUGUUAAUGGGACUUUGGACUUCAUUGAUUUUUGCGAUAAGGACCAAAUGUCUAUGUUUGAAAUUGGUUUGAUGGUUAAGGAGUUUGGGUAUGAUAGUAUAGUGUUAUAUCACUAUGAGCUUCCCAACUCUUCUUCUAUAGAAAAACUUAUGUCUGAUGAAGAUGUUAUGAAAAUGUGUGAAUGUGUGCCAAAAGUAAGGGAGAUAGAUAUAUUUUUGACACACCCUUAUACCUUUUUAAACAAACACAAACAGAUCGAGCUGCAAAAGGUGGAAGGUUCCGGGGUACAAAAACAGAGGUUAGUAGUGAUUGAGGAUCUAGGAUAUGCUGACUGUAGUCCUCUUGUUCCUUAUAAGACAAAGAGCAAUGUUGAGCUACAAACUAAAUAUCAUGGGCCACAUAAGGUGAGGAUAGCAGAGCAACAAGCAGUGAAUGAUGUUGGAGAUUUUUCAGAACCUGAGGCACCAAAGAAAGGAAAGGUGGCUGGACCUGAGGCACCAAAUAGGGCAAAGGCUACAAGGUCUUCAAAGGGUAAAGAAGUGGCUAAACCUGAGGCACCAAAGAAGGCAAGGGUUACAAGGUCUUUAAAGGGUAAAGGUGUGGCAAAGGCAAGUGAAACAGACGAGGAAGAUAGUGAUAUAUCCUUAUCAAAUGCAUCUAGUUUUGUUGACAAUAAGGGGUAG